AUGCACAUCAGUCACAUUCUCUCCGCCGUCAACCACCCUCAAUCUAACGGACAAGCUGAGAGAAUGGUCGACUCCGUAGUAAAAAGAGCUACCGCAAAAAAUCCUUCCAACUGGAGGAAAGAACUUCAAGACUUUCUUUACAGUUACAGAUAUACACCUUGCUCCGCAACCUCAAAUGGAAGAUCUUCAGCCGAAUUAAUGUUUGGCAGACGUAUUACCUCUCCUUUCACCAAAUUACUUCUUAAACUACCAGUACCCCCAUCCACUUUUCCAAACAAUCUCACGCAGAAACAGUUGGAGAUGCAACAACAAUUCGAACAUCAUCACGGAGCUCGUCACAUAACUCUCAAUUUGGGAGACCGAGUCCUCGUGGCACUAAAAGACAAACGCGAACAGGGAUACAUCAAGAACAUCUUAUCGAAUACACGCUAUCUAAUACUACUGGACAGUGGCAGGUCGGUCGAACGACACAUUAACCACAUUUGGAUAGGAGGUAGCGCCCCGGCGAAUCCUGAUUCUUUAACCUCAGAUGACUGGACCCACUACGAGCCUGAACCGGUACAGAACCCAGCGGAGCCCCGACCUGGUAUCCCGGCUCUUCCACAAGGAAACCUUUAUCCAGGACCCGCCCCUAGCGAAACUCCAGCCAGGCCUUUCCGUCAUAGAGUCCAACCACGGAGGCUCGUUCUGGAUCCUAAGGCAAAGUCCUAUACUCAGCUGUAG